AUGACCAUCACGCCGCGCGUCCAGAGUCAGUACUUUCAGGAAGACCAGGAACUUAUUCGCCUUGCGCCUAACCAAGAUCAAGUCCGCUCGUUGCCCACAAAGCGCGCUGGUACGUCCUGGACCCUCGAAGAACACGAACUGUUCUUGGAGGCCCUCGAGUACUACCCGUCAGGUCCGUGGAAAACAAUUGCAGCACACAUCGGAACGCGGACGACGCGUCAGACCAUGACGCACGCGCAAAAGUACCGUGAGAAGAUCGCGCGAAGGCGAAAGGCAGAAGUCGUAGCGGGCCCUUCAAGCAAGUCUAACGGCGAAGUACAAGUCUUGAGUGACUCCACCAGUCGCAUACAUGAAACGCCACAAGUCUACAAUUCAUCGACGGCAGCGCCCUGCGGCCAUUGUGUCGCCCAAGAAGGUGAGCUAGAGGUUGACGACAGCGUAAUCGCACUCCUUGCGGAAUUUGAACCCCUCGAUAUGAUUUCCACGUUGAAGCCAUAA